GAAAGAUUGGUGGACAUGGUAAAGAAAUAAUUUGAUUUGUGAACAUGGCGCAGCUGAACAAUAUUAGAAAUUCACAAGCUCAGAGCGAUUUAUUUAAUUAUUAUUUAACAAUGAACAUAAACAAUAUAUGCCGAAUAUGUUUAGAGAAAGGUCCAAAACUUAUGCCGAUUUUUGAUCCAAUCAAACCACCCCAUUUCUCUAUUUUAAUAAUGGCCUGCGCCUCUGUUCAGGUAUUGGAAGGGGACGGAUUACCGCCUUAUAUCUGCCAAAAAUGUAUCUCAAAACUGAAUGUGGCGUUUCAAUUUAAAUCGCAAUGCGAGAGUUCCGACGCGAAGCUAAGACAGUGCUUUGAGAACUUACAUCACUUACCUACGGCACCGGACUUAUCCAGCUUUAUAGAUAUAAAGAAAGACAUUAGUGAUGGCAUGCAAUUUUCGGAGGAAGUUAUUGCCGAUAAUUCGGCAAUUCAUAAUAAUGGCCAAAUUUUAAAUAAUCUCGAACAAGUGAGCGUUGUGCAGGAGUUAGACGUACCACAAAACGCGGAACCUCAACUGCAAAAUUUAGAAAAUGUUCAGUUAAUGUCGUCCAACUCGUUAAACGAAAUCGAACGUAAUGAUUUAGAUGGACUCAAAGUGGAAUAUAACGAAUUGAAAAAUGUUGAUGUGCCAAUGAAAGUUGAACAGCUGUCACUCGACAUACCGCAACCAGUUUCAAAUACGAAACUAAAAAACCAAACCAAGCCUCAUCAGUGUGAUACCUGUGGAAAAAUAUUCAGAACAAAACCGAGUUUAAUCCAUCACAUUCGUAUUCAUACAGGUGAAAGGCCAUACGUCUGCCAUUUGUGUGAUAAACGCUUCAUUAACGGCGGACAUCUACACACUCAUAUGCGUACACAUACAGGAGAAAAGAAUCACAUAUGCGCCGCGUGCAACAAGGCCUUUGCAACGGCCCAACAACUCACAAAGCACACCAUAGCUAUACACACAUCAGAACGACCGUACGGCUGUACGUACUGUCCGAAACGGUUUGCUAGUUCCAGUAAUUUAAAUACACACACUCGAAUUCAUACGGGAGAGAAGAAUUAUCAUUGCGAUCAGUGUACAAAAGCCUUCUCGACGAAAGGACAGCUUUAUCAACACAUGCUAGUUCAUACUGGGGAAAAAGCGUUCUUAUGUGAAUACUGUAAUAAGAGGUUUUCGCAGAAGGCUCAUUUAAUCAGACAUUUAAAAAUGCAUAAGAAUUGAUAGUGCACUGAUUUAUUUUAUAAGUAAUUACCUAUUGUGUAGGUAAUAUUUAAAAGAGUAUUAUGGACCAAGAUGUAAGUGUAUUCGUGACGUUACCUAAAAGUAAAUAAAUGUGAGGUAACUAGUAAUGUUGACAGUGUCUUCACGUACUGACUGUUACUCGUUACUUGGACUCGAAUACAAUAACUGCAAAUGGUAGUCGCAGUUACAAAACUGUUGCGCAUCAUGCUUUGUAUAGAUAGCCGGUUUUAUUGACUCAGUUAAAUUUAUCUGAAAGUUAAUUUUCUUGGAAACAAAUGUAUUCACAUAGGAUGUUAUUUGUCGCAUAAAUUUAACUGUGGGAAGAAAACUGGAUCUGUGUUGGGAAUGAAGGAUGUUUCCCACCACGGAAUUAAUGAGGUGCAACAUAUUUGAAAUUGUGUCUUAUGAAGAUCAAUUCAUAAGGAAGAGAAGCGGUGGAGUUUGUGCCACCAGUGUUUGUUCCUUAUGUAACAUAAUUUUUCUCCAAAUGUUUUAAUGUUUGGAGAAAAAAUUUAAAGCUUGAGAUUUAAAUAGAAAACUCAUCACUUGUGUUAAAUAUCACAUUUCUGUAUAUAAAGUUUAUUUAUUUAUCAAUUCAUUAAAAUAAAUUUUCAAAUCGUUACGUUUAA